AUGGAUCUCGCAAAACAGCUUGUGCGCUCUUGCGCUCGCGCCUUUUACAGCCUACCGCCCUACGAUGUCCGCUAUGUGCUCAUCGUAGAUGCCCUGGUCAUCCAUGGAGCGUUGCGUGAUGAUGAUCUGGGCUACCUCUUGAACAUCACGGCGAUGAAAGACCUCCACAAGCUCUGCUACAAGUUGCAGCAGGAGCGGUUCCUGCAGAUACACGUACGUCAAGAGCUGAAGGAGGGCGCCGUCCGCCCGAGCAACCGUACCUACUACUACAUCGACUACCGCCAGACGAUCGACGCCAUCAAGUGGAGGGUUUAUAAGCUUGGUAAGGACAUGCAGGUCCCCACCGUACCGGCUAGCGAGCGGAAGGAGUAUGUCUGUCCACGGUGCAAGGCCGAUUAUACCCAGCUUGAAGUCUUGAGUAUGGCGAGCAGGCUGGGCUUCGCCUGCGAGAGAUGCGGUGCCGUCCUCAGCCACGAGAUCGAUCGGACUUCUGCGGGUCAUGAAAAGGUCACGAGGCUGAACAACCAGCUCAAAUUCAUUACCGACCUCCUGCUGCGCAUCGACAACGUCGCUGUCCCCGACAACAACUUUGAGUAUGCGAUCGAGACGGCCCUGCCAGUGGACAGAGAUGAGCAGCACCAGGUCGCCAGGGCAACGGUCGUGGAGCCUGUCAAACCGACGAGUGUGAAGGGGCUGGCGGAUACAGGACCCAAGAAGAUCGACAUUAAGAUUUCCACGUCAGAGGGCCCGACAGAAGAGGAGAAAGAGGCAGAGCGGCUGCGCAAGGAGAAGAUUGCCCAACAGAACGCCCUGCCCGCAUGGAUGGCCAACAGCACCGUCAGCGGAGACUCCUUCUCAGCAACCCCCACAGGAGAGGCGGUGGUCAAGGCGGAGCCAGAGAAGCAAGCCGACGACAAGAAGCAAGGGCUGGAUGCCAAGGAGGCUCAGGAGCUGAGUAGCUAUAUGGAAGAUCUCAAGCGAGAGCAGGAAGCUAUGGCGGCGGCGGCGGCGGCGGCGGCGCUGAAGAAGCAAGAGGACUCUGAUGACGAGGAGGAGGAGGACGACGACGAUCCCGACGACGAAGACGAUCGACCUGCGAAGAAGAUCAAGGUCGAGGAGCCAGCCCCCACAGCAGGAGAAGACGAUGAUGAUGACGAGGAAGGCUUAGAAUUUGAAGACGUUUGA